AUGGGCAUCAAACAACUUGGGUUCUGUCUCCCUCUUCUUGUGGUCUCAGUAGCAAUUUUUCAAUGUGGGAUGGCUGCCGAUGAGACUGGAAAGGCCCUAAUAACCAAAACUUGCAGCGGCACCGCCUUUCCCGCCGUUUGCACCUCAACUUUGGAGUCGGAUCCUCGGAGUUUGAAAGCCGAUCUUAAAGGCCUUUCUAGGAUUGCCUUGGAGUUAACCUUAACCUUAACAAAGCAGGCUACAGAUGCAGCCUCUGACGUGUUGGACCAUUCAACUGGCUAUGCGACUUGGGCCGCGAGCGCAGCUUGUUUCGAUUCUUAUAACACUACUCUUCACAACCUUAAACAGCAGGGUAUCCCAUCUUUUGACCUGGGAAAGUACGACAAGGCAUACCAAGCUGUGGAUGAUGUUAAUGGGAAAGCUGUUGCUUGUAGCAACUACCGAAUACAUGCGUUGGAUGUAAAAAAUACAUUGCUAACCAGGUUUUCUGAUGAUGUCAAGACCAUUCUACAUCUCCUUUUCUAA